GCAUCAGGCGGUAAGACUUAAAUACGCGAAGGAAAAGGGGAAAAAAAAAUAUCGGAAAAACCUAGAAACUUCCACAGGAGUUUUUGGGUUCGAGUAUUUUUUUUUUAACAAAUUCAUGAUGGUUGAUUUCCAAACAAGCGUGUCGGUUUGGUAAUUCAGAUAAUUUUUCGUUUCGUUUGGAUCUCAACAUCGAGUCUUCGACAGAUUUCUUAAGAGGCAAAAUUGAUCUUGAAAACUUCUAGGGUUACUUUGAGAGAUGGCAAGUGGGUUUGGGGAAUCAACAAGCGUACCACCCCAAAGCCCUUCUUGCUCGGGAAAUGGCGUGAACGACGCCGGUGAUUUCGAAUGCAACAUUUGCUUCGAACUAGCUCAGGAUCCGAUUGUCACUCUUUGCGGACACCUCUUUUGCUGGCCGUGUCUCUACAGAUGGCUCCACCAUCACUCACAUUCCCAGGAAUGCCCGGUUUGCAAGGCUCUCAUACAAGAGGAGAAGUUGGUGCCCCUUUAUGGCAGGGGCAAAACGCAGUCUGAUCCGAGAUCCAAAUCGUAUCCGGGCAUUGAAAUUCCUCAUCGCCCCACGGGGCAGAGGCCGCAAACCGCUCCUCCCCCGGAGCCGAAUCAGUUUACCAAUUAUGGGUUUGGAUUCAUGGGAGGAUUUGUUCCCAUGGCCACUGCAAGGAUUGGCAACUUCACCUUGUCUACUGCUUUUGGUGGUUUGAUACCAUCUUUAUUUAACAUACAGUUUCAUGGUUUCCCGGAUGCUACUGUCUAUGGAACAACUUCUGGUUUUCCUUACGGAUUCCACUCUUUUCAUGGAGGCCAUGCUCACGGUUUUCCACAGCCUUCAAGUCGCGGCCAUCAGGCAGAUAAUGUUUUGAAGAACCUCCUUUUGGUGAUUGGUGUGUUUGUGAUCCUUGCACUGCUUUGUUGGUAGAGCUUCUGUGCCGUUCGGAGUCAUAUCCAUGGUGGUAUUUAGACACUCUCCCUCUUGUAAAUACAUUAGCUUGGUGGUUAACUACUCGUGCUUCCAAAGUGUUUCUACUUUGUUUUUUUUUUUUUUUAUUCAAUUGUGUUUUUAAUGAGUAUCUGCAAGGAAACAAUGUUUUCGUAAUAAAUGAUUUGCAAAGUUUCCACUUUCUA